CAAAAUCAAGUUCUUGUCUAGAGUAAAAAUUGUUUCCCCUAUUUCAAAACUAUCUGCACCAAAACUAUUUUCCUCAUAUAUAAAAUAAAAAAAUACUUACCCAUAUUUCAAAAAAUAAUCACCAGAAUCACGCAUUUCAAGAAUUCUUGUCCGUUCUCUUCUUUCUUCUGCAAUAUUCUUUGCCUGCUAAAUUUACCCAACCCCUCUAAAACCCCUUUAGUAUACACACAGAAACCGUGUAUCUAUCACAAAAAAUGGAUAAAGAAAGUUGUGCAACUCAGUUGAUUGAUGGCAAUGGUGAAUUCAACAUGGAGGGUGUUAAUGAUUUUGUGAAAAGAAUCAAACUUGGUGAUUGUGGGCUCUCUUAUGCAGUUGUUGCUAUCAUGGGUCCUCAGAGUAGCGGAAAGAGCACUUUGCUGAAUCACUUGUUCCAUACCAACUUUAAGGAGAUGGAUGCAUACAGAGGAAGGAAUCAAACUACCAAGGGUAUAUGGAUAGCAAAAGCUGUUGGCAUUGAGCCUUGCACAGUUGUCAUGGAUCUUGAGGGCACGGACGGAAGGGAAAGGGGUGAGGAUGAUACAACAUUUGAGAAACAAAGUGCUCUGUUUGCUCUAGCAGUUUCAGAUAUUGUACUUGUAAACAUGUGGUGUCAUGAUAUUGGUCGUGAACAUGCUGCAAACAAGCCUCUUCUAAAGACUGUUUUUCAGGUUAUGAUGCGGUUAUUUAGUCCGCGCAAGACAACCCUUCUGUUUGUAAUACGUGAUAAAACAAAGACACCUUUUGAGUAUUUGGAACCUCUUCUUAGGGAAGAUGUUCAAAAGAUAUGGGAUACAGUUUCUAAGCCUGUUGCUCAUAAGUACACCCCCUUGAGUGAAUUUUUUAAUGUAGAGGUGACAGCUCUAUCUAGCUAUGAAGAGAAAGAGGAGCAAUUCAGAGAGCAGGUUGCUCAUUUGAGGCAGCGCUUUUUCCAAUCAAUAUCCCCAGGCGGGCUUGCUGGAGACAGACGUGGUGUUAUUCCUGCCUCGGGGUUCUCUUUUAGUGCACAAAAGAUCUGGGAAGUUAUAAAACAAAACAAGGAUCUGGAUCUUCCUGCCCACAAGGUCAUGGUUGCUACUGUGCGCUGUGAAGAGAUUGCUAAUGAGAAGUACAUGCGGUUGGCCAAUGACAAGAGUUGGCUAGAAUUAGAGAAGGCAAUUCAAGCAGGUCCAAUAUCAGGUUUUGGAGAAAAGCUCAGCUCAAUUUUGGAAACGUUUUUCUCAGAAUAUGACUCGGAGGCUGUCUUCUUUGAUGAGAGUGUAAGAGAUGCUAAAAGGAAAGAUUUGGAGUUGAAAGCAUUACAGCUAGUACAUCCGACUUUCAUGACGAUGGUGGGACAUCUACGUUCUAAAAGCCUCCAUAAUUUUAAACUGAGGCUGGAAGAGUCGUUGCACAAAGGGGAAGGCUUUGCAGCAGCUGUUCGUACUUGUACAAAGUCCUGUAUGCUUGAUUUUGACAGUGGAUGUGCAGAUGCAACCAUUAAGCAGGCUGAUUGGGAUGUAUCGAAAACUCGGGAAAAACUUUGCCGUGAUAUUGAGGCUCAAGCAGCCUUCAUACGCAAUGAGAAGUUGUCGGAACUAAUAGCUAGAUAUGAGAAAAAACUAAAUACAGCUCUGUCCGAGCCAGUACAAUUGCUUCUUGAAUCUGGUGCAAUAAACACAUGGGCUUCGAUAAGGAAUCUUAUAAAGCAUGAAACUGAUGCUACUGUGGAAGGUCUUUGUGCUGCUGUUACUGGAUUUGAGUUGGACCAGUCAGCAUUUGACAAACUGGUGCAGAACAUGCGUUCCUAUGCCAGAGGUCUGGUGGAAAAGAAAGCUAGGGACGAAGCAGGAAAAAUUUUGAGCCGGAUGAAGGACAGGUUUGCAACAGUCUUCAACCAUGAUGAGGAUUCAUUGCCAAGAGUUUGGACGGGAAAGGAAGAUAUACGCACCAUCACGAGAGAUGCCCGAGUUGCGUCUAUAAAGCUUCUGUCUACGAUGGCUGUUAUACGCCUUGACGAGAGAGAAGAUAAUAUAGAGACUGUACUCCUCUCAUCGCUUCUGGAUGGGCCAGUGGCUGUAGCUUCACCUCGGUAUAAGAAUAUGGGAACUUCAGGAGAUCCUCUUGCUUCAAGCACAUGGGAUAAGGUCCCUCCUGAAGAGACACUUAUUACGCCUGUGCAAUGCAAGUCUUUGUGGAGACAAUUUAGAAUGGAAACCGAGUAUACGAUUACACAAGCCCUUUCUGCACAGGAGGCUUACAAGCACAGCAAUAAUUGGCUACCUCCAUCUUGGGCUAUUAUGGCAAUGAUUCUCCUUGGAUUUAAUGAAUUUAUGAUUCUUUUAAGGAAUCCUCUUUACCUCCUGGUUUUGUUUGUUAUAUUUCUACUGUCAAAAGCUAUGUGGGCACAAAUGGACAUUGCAAGGGACUUCCAAAAUGGCACUCUGGCUGGACUUCUUGCCCUCUCGUCAAGGUUUCUUCCUACUAUCAUGAACUUGCUCAGGCGACUGGCUGAAGAGGGCCAAGGGAAUCCAACACCCCAACCACCACAAAGACCACCUCGACCUAUUAGGCAUCAGAGUUUUAAAAAUGACAACCAGCAGUCUGCUUCCGUCUCAAGCACAAUGGCAGAUACAGCUUUGUCGUCCAAUGUUACAUCAGUCGAUGACGAUCCUGAAUAUUCAAGUCCUCAGUUGACACACAGGCACGUUAGUCGUGGUGACAAUAUAGAAACUUCUUGAUGCCUUUUUGUUCUCGAAAAAUGUCUAGCUGGAUCUUUCCUGUAUAUACAAGACGUCUCGUGUUCUGUACUGUCAUUUCUUUAAAAAAAAGUUA